AUGUCGAAAAUCUGGAGCAGCAUCGUACAAUUCUUUUCUGUGCAGACGCUUGACUCACGAAUAAAACCAGAUCUUGAGCUCAUAAGACGACGAAGGAUAUUUGUGAUAUCAUCCAAAGACGAAGUUGGCUCGUCAUCUCCUGCCGUUACUGUUUCUCGAAACCCAAUGAUCAGUUCUAAUGGCCCAUCUCCGCCGCUAUGGAGCACAUGGGAAUUUAGAAUAUAUUAUUUGGCUUUCAUUAUAGUGAUUCCUCUAAUGGUAAAGGCGGCACUAGCCACAAGUUCCGAGUCUAACCCGAACUAUUAUAAAUUCAGCGGAUUACUAUCUCAUGGCUGGAUUCUGGGAUGCAAAAUAGAUAACAGUGAUGUUCAAUAUAAAUUUUUUAGAUCCAAUUUUCUUUUGUUGGUAGCCUUGAUAUUACUUCAAACGGUGUUAAAAAAAAUAGUCGUUGAGUUUGGUAAAACAUCUAAGAUCAGUUUCGAUUUUGCUUGUGGGUUAGUUUUCGUUUGCUUCAUGUACGGUAUCAACUCUGUUAAACUCUUGACUCAUGCUUUCAUUUUCUUUACUCUGGUGCAUUCGCUAAAGAGAAAGCGUUUGACGGCCGCCUUUGCUAUUUGGUCCUACGGUAUCUUCGCAUUAUUCAUUAAUCAAAGAAUUAAAAGUUUCCCUUUUAAUAAUAUUGCAAUUAUAUUAAGCCCCAUGGAUCAAUGGUAUAAGGGUAUCGUUCCUAGAUGGGAACUUUUUUUUAAUUUUACAUUAUUACGGCUGUUAAGUUAUUCCAUGGACUUCUUAGAAAGAUGGGACGAGCAACUAAGUCCACCGCCAUCGAUAGAUUACGAGGGUAGACAACCAGAAUUUAGAAAAAGUUCAUCCGGUUCUGCUUUACAGACCAUUUAUGAGUCAGGCAAAAAUGGUGUGUUGGAAGAAAAGGAAAGAUUGGUAGCAAAACAUCAUAUCCAGGAAUACAAUUUUGUUAAUUUUAUCGCUUAUAUUACCUAUGCACCAUUAUUUCUGGUAGGCCCAAUAAUCACUUAUAAUGAUUACCUCUAUCAAUCGAAAAAUAAACUACCUUCACUUACAAAAAAAAACACAUCCCUAUAUGCCCUUAAAGUUCUUUUGAGUUUGCUUUUGAUGGAAAUUAUUCUACAUUGUAUCUAUGUGGGUGCAAUAGCAAGGACGAAGGCAUGGAGCAAUGAUACACCGCUACAGCUUGCUAUGAUCGCGUUGUUCAACUUGAACAUCAUGUAUUUUAAGCUUUUAAUCCCAUGGAGACUCUUUAGAUUAUGGGCCAUGAUCGACGGUGUUGAUGCACCUGAAAAUAUGCUACGAUGUGUGAAUAAUAACUAUAGUACACUGGGCUUCUGGAGGGCUUGGCAUACAAGUUUUAACAAGUGGGUAAUUCGUUAUAUCUAUAUUCCAUUUGGCGGGUCCAAUAACAAAAUAUUAACAAGCUUUGCGGUGUUUUCUUUUGUAACAAUAUGGCAUGACAUCGAAUUACGACUACUGUUUUGGGGGUGGUUGACAGUCUUUUUGUUAUUAGUUGAAUCAUUUGUUACUAAAUGUUUUACUAAAUAUCGGUUCAAAAACUGGUAUAGGUUUUUUUGUGGUAUCGGUGCCGUCAUAAAUAUAUGCAUGAUGAUGGUUGUGAACCUUUACGGAUUUUUUUUGGGUGCAGAGGGAACGAAGCUUUUAUUGAAGAGUAUAUUUGGCAAUUCAACAGGACUGGUGUUCGGUAUUAUGGGAACAGUAUGCCUAUAUAUCGCUGUUCAAAUAAUGUUUGAAAUUAGAGAAGAAGAAAAAAGGCAGGGAAUUAACUUGAAAUGUUAA